AUGCCAGCACCAUCGCCCCUCCCGACUUACCUCUACAAGAUCCUCCCCUCCGCCCCACCAUCACCCCUCCCCGACCGCCUGCCGCUCUCGGACCUCGACCGCAAAGACGGCUUCAUCCACCUGUCCACGUCCGAACAAGUGCCUGGCACAGCAGACCGAUUCUUCGGCGAUUUCACGGAGUUGUGGCUGCUGAAGAUCAAGUACAGCGUGCUCGAAGCGGGGACGGAUGGAGAUGGCAACGUCAACGCGGACAGCAAGGCGUGGAUACAGUGGGACGAAGUAGGCCACGGAGCGUUUGCUCACUUCUACGGAGGGGACAUGGGCAAGGGUAAUGUGCAGGAGGCCGUCAAGGUCGAGAAGAAGGGGACUUGGGCCGAGACCUUGGACCUUGAAUGGUGA